AUCCUAUUAAAUCUUUGAAUUUCAGUGCUUCGACAAGGGCUCUGCUGAACGCCUGAAUCUUUAAUUAAAAAGAAAGAAUCGCUGCUGUAAACCUUCUACUCUCAAAGCUUGAAACUUCAGUGUAGGCAAGAUUUCCCCUCCUAUAGCUACAAAUGUCGCUUCAUUUGCUACGUCCAAAGAUCCUAUAUUUCUUUACAGCAACUGGGUCUAGUCGUCUCUUAUCAUCAAAAUCCUGUAUUUUCACCAACAAAUUGAUCUUUUCAAAGCAGCCAUUUUCUUCAUUUUUCUUCUCCACAACAUCGACUCCUUACCCUCUUCAAUAUGACAUGAUCAUCAACACCCCGACUCAGUCCCAACCUACCCCAACUCGCCGCCGACUCAGUAAACCAGACUCUCCCAACUCACCUGAGGAAGAGGACCCAGAAAAAGAAUUGGGUUUUGAUUCAUGGGUACAAAAGAAACUGACUUCAGAAGAAGAAAUGGAUAAGUCUAAGAGGAAAUAUUAUAAAAAGAGAAGGAAAAGAAUGUAUGGUUCAGAUUCUGAGGAUGAUGAUAAGGGGAAAAAUGAAGAUGGGUUUGUUGAAUUGAAGCCUAAAGUUGUGGAAUUUGAUAGGCUACAUGAGAGGGAAGAAGAGCUCUACUUUUAUGAUACAUUUGCCUAUCCUUGGGAAAAGGAUAAACAUUAUAAAAUGGUUUAUCAAUUGGAAAAGAAGUUUUUUCCUGACCAGUGUUUUGAUAAAGCUUUUCUUGAGCCUGGAGAAUCAAAUGAGAAAAUCAAAAUUAAGGGAAAAAGUAAAAAGACUGAUGAUAAUAAUAAUAAGAAUAAUAAGGUGGAGGAUAAAGGGUUGGUUUUUUUUGAGGAAGAAGAAAAUUCAGGUGAGGAUGUGAAGGAGAAGGUUAUUGAGAAGAAGGUGGAGGAGUUUUUCAAGUGUUUGAAGAAAGUUCCCAAUAAAGAAACCGACGAUGGGGAGCCUUACCUUGUUAGUAGGAGUACUGGGCUCCCCCCGAGAUGGGAUGGUCCAUAUGGGACGGUAAUUUUGGUGAAUAAGCCCAAAGGAUGGACCUCAUUUACCGUUUGUGGCAAGCUGCGCCGCUUAGUCAAAGUGAAAAAGGUAGGGCACGCUGGAACACUUGAUCCUAUGGCAACUGGUCUAUUGAUUGUAUGUGUUGGUAAAGCCACUAAGUUGGUAGAGAGAUACCAAGGAAUGGUAAAGGGAUACAUCGGAGUUUUCCGAUUAGGGGAGGCUACUUCAACUUGGGAUGCUGAUUCACCGGUUAUUCAACGUGAGCCUUGGGAGCAUAUCAAAGACGAGGACAUAAAAAAAGCUGCUGCAUCCUUCUGCGGAGAGAUAUGGCAAGUUCCUCCAAUGUUCUCUGCCAUCAAGGUUGGUGGUGAAAGGAUGUAUGAAAAAGCAAGAAAAGGGGAGACCGUUGAACUUUCACCCAGACGAAUUUCAAUUUUCCACUUUGACAUUGAGCGUAGCUUAGAAGACAGACAGAACUUGAUUUUCCGAGUCACAUGUUCAAAAGGAACAUAUAUCCGAUCAUUAUGUGCAGAUUUUGGGAAGGCUUUGGGCAGUUGUGCUCAUUUGACGGCUCUGCGAAGAGAUUCAAUUGGGGAAUAUCCAGCGGAGGAUGCAUGGGAGUUCAAGGAACUAGAAGAAGCAAUCACUAAAGGUUAUUUCUAGCUGCAUCUCCGUUGUUUCAAGAGUCCUAACAUUGAUGAUCAAUCAGCUCCAAUCUUCAAAUCUUUCUCCCCCAUAUUUGUUUGUAACGAUUAAAACUGCAAUAAUUGUUAACAUUAAUUUCUUUUUGGCUACUAGUUUUAUUCUUUUGAAGGCAAAUUUUCCAAGUUGUACAGGGCAGAGACGACUGUCUCACAUGAAUGCUUAACGAUCUAAAGCAUUUACAAGUUUAUAUAGUUGUUAAUCGUUUACUUAUGUUGAUAA